AGUGCGCUUAGAAAGCUUUUAACGCGGCGCAACUUUGUUCUUGACCCAUUCAUUCACAUCUCUUCGCUGAGCUCAAACGAGAGAAGCCACGAUGAACGGUGUGGUUGUGCAGAACAUGUCCUUUAAAGCAGGGCAGACCCUGACCGUGAAGGGAGUCCCCAGUAUUGACUCAACCAAUUUUGCUAUUAAUGUCGGGAACAGCAGCGAGGACCUGGCCCUGCACAUCAACCCUCGCUUUGAUGCCCAUGGCGACCAGCAGGCUGUGGUGUGUAACUCCUUCCAGGGGGGCAACUGGUGCCAAGAGCACAGAGAGGGAGGAUUUCCCUUUAAGCAGGGCGAGGACUUUAAGAUACAGAUCACCUUCAACAGUGAAGAAUUCAGGAUCAUUCUACCAGACGGCUCUGAGAUCCACUUCCCCAAUCGCACCGGUGGUAAAAAAUACAAAUACAUGCACUUCGAGGGUGAGGCCAGAAUCUACAGCAUCGAGAUCAAGUAGUUUCGCCAUCGCAUAAUGCAAGUCUCUGUACUCCUGUAAGUUUAUCUGCAGCCUUAAUUGUAUACUUAUCUGAAUCAGCUAUUUUCAGGAACUAGCUAUGCACAGCUAAGCAUUCAAUCACACUCUUUCACCACCAUGCCUCUGAUUGUGAUGACUUACAAUGGUAUUACUCAUGUUCGCCACUAGAGGGAACAGUACUACAAGAAACUGUGCCAGUCGUUUCUUGGAAAAGGCUUGGUAAAAGUAAAGAAAUCCUUAUUUCCAAAUAGAGAUCAUGUUUACAGCAGGUGUUUUGGUGUCCUUCUUACAGUUUUUAAUAUGAUGUAAUAAAAUAAUUUCACAAUUCUUACAUAGCAAUUAAAAUCAAACUGUAUAACUGUAACCAUAUUAAACGUCGAUUUUCUGCGA